CGGUUCUUUAGUCGAUCGGGUUGUGACAGUGCGGUGGUACCGGUUCUUUAGUCGAUCGCGUUGUGACAGUGCGGUGGUACCAGUUUUUUAGUUGAUCUGGUUGUGACAGUGCGAUGGUACCGGUUCUUUAGUCGAUCGGGUUGUGACAGUGCGGUGGUACCGGUUCUUUAGUCGAUCGGGUUGUGACAGUGCGGUGGUACCGGUUCUUUAGUCAAGGGGGGCUUCUACAGUGUCGUAGUACCAGUUACCGGUGGAUAUAAGGGAAUUCCUUUGCUGACGUCUAUACCGUCAAGUCCAAUGAACACAGUUUUAUCUUGUGUUAGUUGGUCACGGAAAUAUAACAACCGACCAAGAGUGAAAAUUAAUUCAACGCGUCAAGUGUGUCGACUUCUCGGGAGUAAAACGGCGCGGGAUUGUGAAGAAGCAUCCAUCCAACCUUGCUAGUUUAUUUUGGACGCCCUUCAAAUUUGGAAAUCUCGGUUUUCUCGCCAUGUUUCGUAUGGUUUUCUCCCCAAAAUGAGAGAUAGCUGAAGGACACCUAUAGAGAGAGAGAGAGAGAGAUGUAUUUAAAAUCGACCCAUGACACAGUAAGUAAAAAUAGCUCAGCUGGUGUGUUUGUGUACCCGGGCCUUGCCGGGUUGCGACUGCUACUGUACCAUUUGUCUACCAUCUUUUCCAGCCCGCUGUUACCUCCUACGUGUAAAGUGGCCUGUGUUUUUUAUGGUUGCAAGGGAUGAAAGACUUAGAAUGGGCAUUCUCGUAUGUAGUUUUUGUAAUGUUGCAUUUUGUAUUUCAAUGUGGUAAAAUAUAGAUUUUUUUCAUUUCUUUUUUAACAUGGUUGACUUUGUACCGUGCUUCGAGCCUUUUGGGAUGAAGCGUGCUUUUUAAAUAAGCUUUAUUAUUAUUAUUAUUAUUAUUACCAUUGUCAUUAUCGUUGACCUCGGAGUUAACGGGCAGAAACGGAAUUAACGGUAUUAUAUUCACAAUUAUAGUAAACUGUCGUGGCCGGGCCGGGGGGGGGGGGUGGGGGUCCCCUCCAUAAAAGAAGAAACACUAUUUUGGUAGAGUAUAGACGACACUCCACUCCCGACACCACAAAGCUACAAAUGUUAAACAAAAAUUAGAUUUCCUGUUCACAUUUUUUCACAACGUCGGGGAUCGUCUUUACAUAUUCUCACAACCUCGGGGAUCAUUGUCACAUUUUGUCACAAAUUCGUGACCCCUUCCUGCCACCCACCUUUGCUUAGACGCGUCCUUUUUGGAUGGUCUCCAUUAUUUCAAUUUUCUUCCUUUUUUAAAAAAAAAAUUUGAUACGCCCCAGUCUGACUUCAAAGACGUAGAACAUUUAAGGCCUCGAUAAAUCACCCCCACCUGUCAUCGUAUUCACUUAGAAAUGCAAACGUUUAUCUGGACACUAUUUAGGAUACUUAAAACUGUUUACCUUGACCAUCAAUGUCGAUCUUAUCGGUUCCACGGGUCACACAUCUUAAACAAUACCUUCUAAUUAAGAAUGCAUUAACAUCACCAACCGAGGUCCUGCUAGGAAAAUAAUAAUUGUAUUAAGGGAAAGUAAUACAAUUAUUCACAAACAAUCUGUAUAAAAAAUAUAUUUCCGACAUGAGUAGCGUGUAUCUAGUCACAAUUUAGUGUUGCAGUUGGGACAUGUAAUCUUUUUGUGUGUGUGUGUGUGUUUUGGUACAAUUGUUACACAUUGAUCCAUUGAUGUGUGUGUAUGUGUGUGUGUGUUGUGGCCAUAUUGUUACACAGCGAUAAUCUGUUCACGUUCACCAGCUGUGUAUAUACAUUUAAUAAUUUUAACAGAGAAAGGAAACAUCGUUCUAUAAAUUACGGAGACAAAUUAAUCGGUUUGCCACCCUGGCCACCACCCUGGCCGCCCCCAAUCGGUUUGCUACACUGGCCGCCACCCUGAUGGUUCGCCACCCUGGCCGUCACCAAUCGGUUUGCCAUCCUAACUGCCACCCUGGCCGCCACCCUAGCCGCCAACACUCGGUUUUCCACCCUAGCCGUCACCACCAUUCGGUUUGCCGCCUGGUCGUCAUCACCAUUCGGUUUGCCACCCUGGCCGUCAUCACCAUUCGGUUUGCCACCCUGGCCGUCACCACUAUUCGGUUUGCCACCCUGGCCGUCACCAUCAUUCGGUUUGCCACUCUGGCCGUCACCACCAUUCGGUUUGCCACCCUGGCCGUCACCACCAUUCGGUUUGCCACACUGGCCGCCACCAUAUUUGACCAUGCUUUUUUUAACAACAAAUCUGGGAAACACUGCUCCAAGGCCAGGCUGAAUCAGAGCAGCAACGACAGUGGCAUCCGUUGACGAAAUGCAAUCUAACAUCCACACACACACACACACGCACACCAUUUGAGUGAUAUCAUAUUUAAACCGACAAAGCGCCGCCCUUGUGGGUCUCCCACUUGCACCCCCUGGGUACGUCACCGAGGACUGAGGACUAAUACCGAUAUAUAUAAUAAUUUCCUUUCUGUAUUUAGUAUUGACCAACUGUUAGGUCAAGUAAUUGCUUAAAAAAAGAUGGUCUGGGGAGGUUUUAGCCGGGAACACCCCCUUCCCCCCCCCCCUGAAUAAGAGUUCAGGUGUAACUUUUAGUAUACUGUAGAUCACGCCCCUGGGAUUUGUCCGACUCCCGGUCAAAUACUAAAAUGGAAUUAUCCUGUUCAGGGCAGGUUGUCUACAUCAAGUUUGAUAUUCAGGUCAACACAGAAAAUAGGAUGUCAGACCUUCAAAUAUAACAGGGCGGAUGAUAUGGGGGGAAAAAAAUUCCCUUUUUAUUAAUUUCCCCGUUUUGCUGUGCGCUUUUUUCUAGUCAUCGCAGAUGGUGUUUGGGUGAUUGAUGACAUAGCGUAUCUUUAAGUAGACCAGCACUCGACCUGGAAGUCACCACAGAUGGUGUUUGUUUGAUUGACGAAAUAGCGUAUCUGUAAGUAGACCAGCACUCAACCUGAUCGUUACGAUAGUUUACAGUCAACAUUUUUUAUGGAACUUCACAGCACAGACACAAAGAACAACAACAACAAAAAAACAACAACAAAAAACAACAAAAAAAAAACAAGUUGAAACCGUAAACGUAAUAAUCUGUCAAAGUUCAAGGCUGUUAGGUCAAAACUGAUAGCCGUAAGCGACCUAUAACAGUGGAAGAGUUUCGAGGUCAGAAAUGGGAAUUAAGCUUUCGAAUUGAGGGGCUGUAGUUGUUUUGUUGUCUAGAUUAUUCGUACCCAGCCAUGGGUCCAUGGCGAGCUACAGAGAACUGUGUUAUUUUGUUGAAUAGAUCUUUUCUACCCAGCCACUGGUCCAUGACGAGCAACAGAGAAUCAUAAUGGUGAAAUGUGAACGAGAUAAUAGAAGUAGGUACUUAAAAUUGUAUAUACAUUUACGGCAAGAAUUUUUUUUUUUCGUGGACCGGUGCUGCUUCGCGGAUUUGUGCUACUUCGCGGAGCGGUUCUACUUCGCGGAGAGGUGCUACUUCGCGGACCGGUGCUACUUCGCGGACCGGUGCUACUUCGCGGACCGGAGCCAGUUUUCAAACGUUUUGAAAUUAAAAGAGAGGGGGUUGUGGCGCCCGUAAAAGGUAAAGGACCCCUGAGCUGGGUUGUUUGCAUGCUGAAAGAACAAGAAAUCCUACUUUGGCAUAAAAUCCCCCCCCUUCCUCCCCAAAAAGGUGGAGAACACUUCAGCUGGUGAGAUAUUACUCCAGGUGUUAUGCCCAAUCAAAGUCAACUUGAAAAGUCGUUUAGUUAGGUCGAGCGAUUUUAAGUUGCUGAUACAUAAGGCGCGUCACUUCAGCUUUGUUUUAGGGUGGGGAGGGGGGGUAGAGCAAAACCUAAAGUUGGUCGGCUUGUUAAGUUGUUUAUUACUGGAGGCGAACGGUGCAUAGCGGUUGAAAUAAAACCUGAAAAUUCAAGCGAGUGUGUGGCGAAUGCCCCACCCUGCCCUACCCCAAAUGACGCCCACGUGAAACAUCCUUUAUAUCGCGCCACGUACAUCUGACAUUCUUCCGAGCAUGGAGCAUAACUCAUACUUUCUCUACAGCAGAGAACCCGACUCUUACAUUCUCUCAUAACAUUAGAAUCAUUAGUAUUAUAUAUAUUUUUUUUUAUAACAGAGAAGCUAGAUCUUGUGGUGAACCCAAGAGCAAAAACAUCAGCCCAGCGGGUGCCCGCGUUGAUCAAAUAGGGAUAAAAAUGAAUUCGUCCCUGACGUCUGCGGGCAAUUUUUAGAGCGUUGGUUUCAAUUGCGGCGUUCCAGCAUCCAUUAGAAAUACAUGUAAAAAUUCUCGUUCUUUUAAAUGAUUUCAGUUUUUAAUUCUUUCCCCCCCCCCUCCAAAUUACAUCGGUCAGAGAGGUCAAGAAAAUAUGGUUUGCAGCAACAAAAACCCGCAGACCUACAUUGUUGACACCCGUCUGAUCCAACAGCGACCUUGUCCGUUUUAAUCUUAAUCCAAGCGUGUAUCCUUCCAGUUUUGCCGCUAACCCAGAUCUGGAACUGGGACGACGAUCGAUUUUUUUUUGUUGUUUUCUUCUCUUCUGCGGACAGUGGCACUGCUGCAUUGAGCCGCCUUGUAAACAUAUUUUGUCAAAGGCUUGCCAACAAAUUUACCCGUCACGUCCACACGGUUUUGCGUUUCUUUACGGUUUCUAUAUUUAGAGAGAAAAAAAUUGAGGGGGGGGGGGGAGAGAUUUUUUUUUUUUACCGUUGAUAUUACCCUGAAGCCAUCGUGGAUUUAAAUGAAGGACACGUCUGCAGAGAAGGACAAGUGGAUUCAUCGUUAAGUUGUUGCCGCCAUUAGUUUGUGGUCAUGUUCCCCAAUCUCAAACUCACACACUAAAACGUCAGAUCAAACUUCUUGUACAUCAUGACAUCGGGGAAUCCUAUUCUUCUCUAAACGUGUUUUUAUACCAUGUUUUUACGGCCUUUCCCCCUAGGUCCUACCAGCGUUUCUUUCCCCCUAGGUCCUACCAGUGUUUCUUUCCCCCUAGGUCCUACCAGUGUUUCUUUCCCCCUAGGUCCUACCAGUGUUUCUUUCCCCCUAGGUCCUACCAGUGUUUCUUUCCCCCUAGGUCCUACCAGUGUUUCUUUCCCCCUAGGUCCUACCAGUGUUUCUUUCCCCCUAGGUCCUACCAGUGUUUCUUUCCCCCUAGGUCCUACCAGUGUUUCUUUCCCCCUAGGUCCUACCAGUGUUUCUUUCCCCCUAGGUCCUACCAGUGUUUCUUUCCCCCUAGGUCCUACCAGUGUUUCUUUCCCCCUGUGUGCUCUGAUGAUAUUUCCCCGUCUCUUGACUCACUUGUGAUGGCGUUUCACCAAUGUAUUCUUAUGGGUUUACCCUUUGUAUUCUGAUUAUAUUCCCUGUUCCUUGUGAUUGUUUCCCUAUGUGUUCUGAUUGUGUUUCCUCGUGUAGUCUAAUGGUUUCCCUAUGUGUAUUCUAUGGUGUUCCCCGUCCAUUUUCACGGAUUUUCGCCAUGUGAUCCUGGGGUAAAUACAUGCACAUUACUUUGCGCGAGGAAGCUCUAUGUUACCUUGGGAAUUCGAUCCAUUACUUUAAAAAAAAAUAUUACUAUAGAACAACAGUUCUCUGGGCUGACAUAUGUAUGACGCAUAUACUCUGCAUGGAAGAUAUAGUAUGUUCGCAGCAGGCCGUAAUUUGCACCGUGUAUUCAGCACACUGAUAUUUUAUGCCUUAUCAUGCACGCAGUGCAUAGUGGGCUUCUAAAUGAAUUUACGUGAUUUGCCUAACGUAAAUGCAUUCCGAGUUUUGUAGUGGGAUAAUUGCACAUCUUAUUGUAAGGUCACACGGUGAGUUUCAGUAAAUGCUUCUGGGGGAAAUAAUUUCUCUAACCUAAUCUUUAGCCAAAUCUCUAACCAAAUCUUUAACCAAAUCUCUAACCUAAUCUUUAACCAAAUCUCUAAACCAAUCUGUAACCAAUUAUCUAAACAAAUCUCUAACCUAAUCUUUAACCAAAUCUCUAACCAAAUUUUUAACCAAAUCUCUAACCUAAUCUUUAACCAAAUCUCUAACCUAAUCUUUAACCAAAUCUCUAACCUAAUCUUUAACCAAAUCUCUAACCUAAUCUUUAACCAAAUCUCUAACCUAAUCUUUAACCAAAUCUCUAAACCAAUCUGUAACCAAUUCUCUAAACAAAUCUCUAACCUAAUCAGUAACCAAAUCUCGAACCAAAUCUCUAAACCAACCUCUAACCAAAUCGCUGCAGCUAGAUUGCACCACGGGAUAUCACCAAAUAUUUAUACGACUUAAUGUUUUACGUCCAUGACUCAAAAUUCGAAAUCUUAAAGUUCGCCUAAGAUUUGACUCAUUUCUAUCCUUGACUGCAGAGUCCAUGGGCAGAUUGUAGGAUAUUUUUCAUUUGAAUAUCAGCAACAUGUACUAUUUCAAGACCACACGUAGAGAAGAUAUCCUCUAUUCAACAAGUGAAAAAAGCUAUGACCCAUUAACAUGUAAACAAAAAGCUCUAUACGUUCAACAACAACAACAACAAAAUACUGCAUGGAGACACACAAAAAGCCAUACAAUCCAGGAAAAUUUAACGCUCAAAGAUAAUGUGCUCUUCAGGGAUUCUAAAUAUCUCUUCCCCAUCGGCAUUUAAAAACAAUGAAAUAAGAACAAUAAUUUGACGGUAUUCUCAAAUCUGCACCUCUGUGAUAUCUCUCGGCAACGCCUUCUAGGUACAACUGAAAUCGGUGUGAGCAGGAAUUUUUGAAAAAAAAUAUCCCCAUUUCCAAGUCGCGUUAAGCAGGAUUCCUCGACAAAACAGUUUAGCAGCUCACCAAACAUCUUGACAAACACCUAGAAACCAUUUUUAUAUUGAAAAAAAGUACUGGAACUUCCAUGCCUUUCUGCCGGGCCGGAGCUCUGCAUAAAUAUGUAAUAACCAAAAAGUUUGAGAACCAUUGAGUCUGCGCACAAGUGUAACAUGUUCAAAUUACCGGUGACACAAGAACGGAAUUGUUUACAGAUUUUAACUUUCACACUCAUACAAUUAACGGAAACAAACAAUUGUAUGGCAGUAACGUCUUUUUUACCUACCUGGAAAUCCAAGGACAUGCACGCUCUCUGCUUGCUGUAUCAAUAUCGACACCAAAAAGUCACGCAUUUAUUUUUAAAAUAAAUCCUUUAUAAAUCGUUUACAAAACUCUUUAAUUUUCGUGUGUUUCUUUCUGUAUUGGUGGCGAACAUUUUUCGGACGUCUCAUUCGACCCACUUCCCGUCGAUCUAUCGAGCUAAAACUUGGCAUAUGGACUCGUUGCUGACGACAUCACUCUCUGUCAAAUUAAAAAAAAAAACACCUAUUAAAAUAUUUCAGCCCAAAGUUCUCCCCAAUACCCACCCCCUAUAUUUUUCAGCCAACAAGCCCCUCGCACACACAUACUUAUAGGUCCCCUACACAACCCCCCACCCCCACACCCACCCCAUAAACACCACUAUCAGCCAUGGGUUAUUGUGUUCAUCCCAAAUUUUAGGUCAGGGUAAUGGAUAAUGGUGGUAAAAAUAAGCGCUCCGCUAUGUGGCUCCAAGUCUCCAUGGCUCAAAGUCCCCAAGACUCCAUGGCUCCAAGUCUCCAUGGUUCAAAGCCUCUAUAUUUGCCGUGGCUGUUUACCCGUGAAGACCGCGUAGCCUAGGUCUCGCCGUGGGCCUCAGUUAAUACCUUCCAUUCGUAGUGCUCCCUUGUCACCUCAUUGAAAAUCGAAUCACACUGUUAUUUCAGUAAAAAAUGCCCACGUGUUUUUAAAGUCAAUUAACUUGCGCGUUGCGUAACAUGAAGUCGAUUGCAAAUUUAGGUUUUCUAAUUUUAUCCUUCAUAUCAAUCACACAUUGCAUGACGUCAAUAAAACGGUGUUUUAAAACAAACAUAAUCUCCAAACAGGAGAUAUAAAACAACAUUUCUUGAUGAAACCAUGGCAACCAAAUGCAUGGCUUAAUCAAAUCCUUUGAGAAGUUUCAGUUUCCACGAAGCACGCUUUAACAAGUUAAUUUGAUAACUAGAUUACAGUUUUUUUUAAAAAUGGUUUAUCAUUUCUAAGAUCGGAAAACGUCCCGUCGCUCUACGUGUUGUUACUUUUACUAGACGAUGUCCUUGUAAAACAUAUCCUCUGACAAUGUAUUUCCGCAUGUAUAGAGCAGUAACAACGUGUGAGUAAAAAAAAUCUUUCGUAAAAUCAAGUUGUAAAUGCGUUUUCGUCUAGGUAAAGACCCACUAUGCCGGCUCACCGAACAGCUGUUGAUAGAUUGGCCAUACGGAGUGCCAUGAUGUUUUUAUUUAUAUCUUAAAAGAGGCAAAUCUUUGAGAGUUUCCGUCAGGCAUCAUUUAGUCAAGCGAAGCCAUUUCUCUCUCCCCCCCCCUUUUCUUAUCCUCUUACGUCAGUAAAUGAUCCAUACCAUUCACUCUGGGUUCGAGUGAACCUUUUCACAGAGAGAGAAGUAGAAGUAGAGAAGACAUGCUGUUAUUUUAGGUUUUUUAAGUUGCUUUUUGAUAGACACAAUUAGAUGACAUAGACAUUUCUUUUCGACCAAAACUGUCAUUAAAACAGACGACGGGCUCUCAAAAUCCUACCUUUAAAGAGAUUAGGAUCUGAGGAAAAUUUUGUGACUUGUGUUGUUUCCCUUAACUUGCCCAAAUCUUCUCAUAAUACCCUAACUUAUUAUGUGUGAAGUUUGCCCAGAUGCCCAUCAGUUAGUUGGCCAAGAAGCCUAUCAGUUAAUUGCCGAAUCGCCCAUCAAUUAGUGGCCCAGAUGCAAAUCAGUACGCUGCCGAGAUGUCCAACGGAAUUAUCCGUGUACAUCACGUCAUUAGAAGUGCAUUCAAGUUAAAAUUGAGUGCCCCCCCCCCCCACACACCCAAAAAUUAAAAAAAAAAAAUAAAAAAAAAAUAAGAAUGCUUUAUCGUGGAACCCCUAAAAGGCAUGGGGCCCCCUAGACACACGCAUCAUGUUAGUCAGGCCCUGGCUACAUGACUUGUUGUAGGUUGGUGAUGAAAACGCCGGACGGCUGGAAUUGUGCAUUAAAAAGAUUACUAAUAAAAUUAAACAGCCAUUUCUUACCCUUUAGAUCUGCAAUCCAGCGCUUAUAGCCCCUGGCUGCGCAACCAGAGGCGUAGCGGGAGGAGGGUUUUUUAAUGACGCACGGGACUGGUCAGGCGUUUCGCUGCCUCAUUCCACGAAAUACAAAACUCUGCGUUUUGCCGUAAGCAGAGGCGUAGCGAGGGUGUUUGGCGCCUGGGGUCAAGAUUCGCGCCCGGGGACAAGAUCCACUUUAAAGCGCCCCUUUUUCUUUUUUUCAACUCUCAAACCCUUUAUUUUCAUCAAUAUAAUAAUAUCAAAGCACAUUUUGGCGUCCCUAACUAGCUGGCGCCCUGGAAAUUUGUCCCCCCUGUACCCCCUCGCUACGCCUCUGGCCGUAAAUCCCCGCCCUCCACCCUCAAUUUAAAGAAGAAAUCAGCCUUCCAGAACGGACCGCACCUCCCACUCCCCAUUUCUCCCCCCCCCCGGGCCACCGUGUGCAAUAUGCUCGUAUCGGUCUGUGCGUGGAAUAUGACUAAGGGCCUACUUAAGCUUUAUGAUAAUUUCUUGGUCCUGCGCAGCUGUGCCAAUUUCUGUAAUCUCUGGUGGUAAUGUAAUCACAAUGACCUGUGACACCAGAUGCUGUGUCUCUAUCGCAGGUCCUCAAAACAUCGUCUUUGGCAACAGGUUAUUUUUUUUAAACGGAUUUUAAUUCCCCUGCGUUGUAGAGAGACUUAUCUAAAGACGAUGUGUUCGUUUUCGUCAUCUUUAAUUGACCUUGAAUUUUGUGACCCGGGAAGUAGAAUAAAACCCUAAUGCCGGGAUAUAAACGAUUUUUUUGCGUGAUAUAAUUUUUUUAGGUUCUCACUUCAGACAAUGUCUUUCUGUGCAUUAGACUCUGAAUUGACCACUUGAAAUAACUAUUGUUUCAAAACGGCCUGGGUUUAUGAAACCCGAACCGUUUGAGAACCUUCCAUCCUUUUUAUUAUUUUUUUUUCGUGUUUUUUUUUUAAAGCCAUUUAACAUGUGAGUCCUAUCUUUUUGUCCAAAAUUAAGGCUACAGAAGUUGGCCCGUUGUAGGCUACUGACCAAAUUAACGCUGUGUUCAAUGACCCCUGUGUUCUUUCAAGCACAAACUCAUAAUUUCGUACCAACUGUCUUUCGUGUCACCUAUUUUCGAGACCUCUAGGUCGCAGUCUUUGUCUGUGUUCUCUCUCAGACAGCAUCGCUAACUGUCAACGUCGAGCCUGUCAUCGUCAACAACGUGUCUGCGGUGUCUUGAGAAUUCAAGGUCACACCCGAAUGGAUAUGAACAUUUAAAAGGGCUGCAUCUGCGCGUAGGUCGAUUUCAGACAUUACUCUUUGCUGUAAGAUUUUCAAAUUUGAAAGCGUAUUUAAGUGAACACUAGGUCAUGCUUCUUUUCCAGACAACAUAAGGCGUUAUCUGCUUGCACGCCUACCAAUGACAUAUCAAGUUUGUCUAGCAUGUGGCCGUAAAAAAGUUGUUUGACAGACCGAGAUAAUGAUUAUUCAAAUAAACCAACAUCUAGAACACAAAGGGGCUAGUAUGCGGUUCCAUACCGCUGAGCAUAAAUCUCUUAUACAUAUUUUGCGUGUGGUGUGGCUGCUUCCAUUUUCACAACCGGUCUUCCCCUACUGGAGAUAUUUUACAUUAGUGGUACUGUGUGGGGGGGGGGGCACGCUAUAACCAAGCAGCAAGGAUCAUGCAUAACUCUUGAACUCGGGGUAAAAAUGAUUUUUUCGGAGGUUGAUAUAAUAUUAAUCCAUAAGAGCCACCUGUAUAGUGUAUGGUGUGGUGCAGGACUGUCAGUGCGACUAUAGCUUAAAGGCAGGCAUACAUUAAAGAAAAUGAGACGUUGACUUCUUUUCGUAACACAUGGACCUACCGGGUAUUUUAGGAAAGAAUUGUCCGGAUCCGCGCGUAAAAAAAACACAAAAAAAAAAACUGCACUCGUUUGGGCCAAAAUACUCUUUGACAUUAGACGUUAACUCCGUUUUUUUUUUUUUUUAACACUUUGACCCACAGGGUAUUUUCUCAAAACACUAUCCGCGCGUAAAAAAAACACAAAAAAAAAAACUGCACUCGUUUGGGCCAAAAUACUCUUUGACAUUAGACGUUAACUCUGUUUUUUUUUUUUUUAACACUUUGACCCACAGGGUAUUUUCUCAAAACACACAGACCCGGGUGGAAAAUAACACAACAAACAAGUGCGACCAGUGAAGCCCUAGUUUUGAUUAAGUGGCGUGCAUUUAUUCGACGUCCUAUAAUUAUUACGAUCUGGUGAUACAGACAAGAUAAGGUCUCUCGUACUUUCCGCUUGGCCAAUCUACUCCAUUAGCUGUAUCGACUCUUUGACGUCCCGGGGAUGAAGGCUCUGUUGACGAUAUCCGACCCCGGGGGAAGGGAGACAAAAAUGGACACAAAUUAUCAAUAUUUUGUAUGCUUCAGAAAUUAGCUGAGUUAUUUAACAUAACUUUGUCGCAUGUUAACAUAACUUUGUCGCAUGUUAACAUAACUUUGUCGCAUGUUAACAUAACUUUGUCGCAUGUUUGGGUGGCAGUAGAACGUUUCAGGCUGGACACGUUUCCAGUCUUUCCCAACCGGCGUUCAUUCCCCUACAGCCUGGUCCGUUAUUGAGUUGACCGUCGUGCUCAAAAUCUGGACCUGCCCUUAAGAUGGACGUAAGGCUAACAGUAACACGUUGUCGACAAUUUAACUGGUUUCCCCUCCCCACAAACAUUGCGAUCGGUUGAAACACUCGUAGUGUCCCCCACAUCCGUCAGUUAGGGAUCAUCUGAAAAGGAUUUGAAUUUAUAAAAGUCUCAUUUACAAUUUGUUUCGAAAGAAAAACUCUUUGACAGUUGUAGCAUUCCUUCCAUCUGCCUCACCAAUGAUAACAUCUUCGUUUCCAUUCCUUCCAUCUGCAUCACCAGUGAUUAACAUCUUCGUCUCCAUUCCUUCCAUCUGCCACACCAAUGACAACAUCUUCGUCUCCAUUCCUUCCAUCUGCCACACCAAUGACAACAUCUUCGUUUCCAUUCCUUCCAUCUGCCACACCACUGACAACAUCUUCGUCUCCAUUCCUUCUAUCUGCCACGCCACUGACAACAUCUUCAUCUCCAUUCCUUCCAUCUGCCACACCAAUGAUAACAUCUUCAUCUCCAUUCCUUCCAUUUGCCACACCACUGACAACAUCUUCAUCUCCAUUCCUUGCAUCCGCCUCACCAACGAUAACAUCAUCGUCUCCAUUUCUUGCAUCUUCCACACCAAUGACAACAUCUUCGUCUCCAUUCCUUGCAUCUGCCACACCAAUGACAACAUCUUCGUUUCCAUUCCUUCCAUCUGACACACCAAUGACAACAUCUUUGUCUCCAUUCCUUCAUUCUGCCUCACCAAUGACAACAUCUUCGUCUUCAUUCCUUCCAUCUGCCUCACCAAUGAUUAACAUCUUCGUCUCCAUCCUCCCAGCCGGACCCAUGAACUGUUCCGCCAGUGUCAAAGAAAUGCUCGAGUCCAAGCAGCACGUCCUACCGCCGUGCCGGGUGUGUGGCGACGACGGGGCGGGCUUCCACUACGGCGUCAACACCUGUGAAGCGUGCAAGGUAAGAUCGUUUGACAACAAGUCUGCCCCCCCCCCCUGUGUCGCCAUAUCAUCACGGCUUUAGAAAAUUCGCUGUGUCAUUAGAACAGACGGCGCAUGAUUCAGCUGCUUUCCAAACCAAGUGUUAAAAUACGUUCUCUAGAACCCUUCAUUCGAGGUCGUAUACAGGGGAUGGAGGGGGGGGGGUGGUGGUGUGGACGUGGCGUCUACGCAGCGGUGCCAACGGUUAACGAAGACAAGAAAGAUAAAUGGACAGUUCUAUUCACUGCCUCCUGGGAUAAGCCGGUACCUCGGACAUAAACAUUUGAUUUUAAACGGCCUAGAUUGCAGUAUGGAAGCCCGGCAUCAUUGCCCGAUCGCACUUUGUAGCAUUGCCCCCCCCACCCCCAACCACAUAUCGGUGCAUCAAAUUUUGUUUAAAAUUUAUCACAAAUGAUAUCUCGACUCUCGCCAAUCUGGCAAAUAUUUCGUAAGUCAAGAGUCGCGUGCUGUUAGAUGUAAUGCGCGCCCCAAGAGUCAGUAGAUGUUGACGAACAUUCUGAGCAACAAAGAGACAAAAAAAAAGUAAUGCUAAAAGAUGGUUUAUCCUGGUCCCUCGUGCACUUGUGUGUAGGUGAUUAUCUAGAUUGCUUAUUAUUUUUGUUUGUGUGUGUGUGUGUGGAGGGGGAAGGAUUCAAUUUUGAAAUACAAUUUGUUUGACUUGCAUAGGAGCCGGAAUGAUUAGUACAUAGACCGUGGUCACCUCAAAAUAUAGAAAAAUGACGAGUAGGUCCUCUUGACUUGGAUGAAAACUCUGAAAUCAACGUCCUGAGACAUGGAAAAAGUUUUUGUCCUGAACAUUUCUUAGCAAUGGUUUCAGAGAGUAUAGUAUCCACGUCAUCGUGUUGUUGUUUAAAAUUAGUUGGUACUCUCCACUCCGUACGAAUAAUUUUACCGAUUUGAAAGUUAUGGAAAUGCAUAAAUAUAUAAUAACAUUGUUAUUUUGUUCGGAACUGUUCCCCACACAGGGUUUCUUCCAUCGCAGCCUAAAGCUGAACCACACGUACAAAUGUCCGGGUAACGGGAACUGUGAGGUCAGAAAAACGAAAAAACAGAGGAGUUGCCAGCUGUGCCGAUACAAAAAAUGCCUGCAGGUCGGCAUGUCGAAAACAGGUACGCUAUUUGUGGAACUAUCCUAAUACAUGAAAAUGAUUUGCGCACCAGGCAAAUGCAAAGUAUCGUCUUUUACAGCUGUUAAAUGGAAUGAAUCCAACGUAAUUUUGGAGAUGAAAAAAAACACUCUAUGUUAGUUCAUAUUAUUUUUGCGUGUAUGUUGAAAAACAAGUUAAGGUUUAAUUGUUGAACUAUUAAAUUCUAGUGUUUGGGAAGAUGGAAUGUAUAUUCUCACGGAAGGCGCACUUUCGCAUUUGCUGGCCAAACAAUUUGGAACACACUUCCUGUCGCUCUCAGAAACAGCGAGACACUGGAGUCUUUCAAAAAGCGAUUUGUAAACACAUCUAUUUCGCUAACACCCGAUUGGGUGAUGUUGUCUGCCAUCUUUUCCAGCAAGCUAUUAUCUCCUAAAUGUAUAUUGUCCUGUGUUGUUUAUGGUUGCAAGGAGGAAAAACGUAGAAUGGGUAUUCUCGUGUGUAGAUAUUUUAAUGUUGCGUUUUGUAUUUCAAUGUGGUAUGAUAUAGAUUUUUUUCAAUUCUCUUUUAAUAUUGUUGAUUUUGUACUGCGCUUCGAGCCUUUGGGGAUGAAGCGUGAUUUUCAAAUAAACUUUAUUAUUAUUAUUUAUAUUCAUACAUUGAAUAACUGUAACUUAUUAAAUUAAAAUAUAUAUUUUUGAGUAAUUGAAUCAACAAUGUCAACCCUAUAUCCACAGGUGGUUAUAAUUAAACAUUUUUUUUUCCUCAAAAGAACAAAAUAAUAUUUUAUUUUUUUUAUAUUUUGAAGAAAACCGGCAACUCUACAAAAGAUCUCAUUUAUUAAUCUCUUCCACCUUUUAAUUGACAGCCAUCAAAACUGGACGCUACACGAGCUACAAAAAGACGAAGGAUAUUCUUGAAGUGAAAGAGCUGCACAGGUCACUUCACUGCAGUGGCCAGUUCUCGGCGGUCAAGAAGUCCGAUGACGGCGACAACUCGGAGUUGUUGACCGAAACCUUGGAUUCAGACGAUCUCACGCGAUCAAACUUGUCCUCGGAUUAUUUCAGCCCGCCGUUGAAAUCUGCAUUGACGUCACCACCUGGGAACGGGAUGCUCACUCCCACCUCACUGUCCCCUUGGAUGGAGACCAUGUCCUCCCCAAUGGCGUCCCCCCAGGAAAUGCCCAGGUUCUCUGCCCUGCGGAAAGACCGUUCGCCGCGUAAAACCCUAUCACCCACCACCGCCAGCAUCUUUCUGUCACCCUGCUCCAGCGACGCGCUCGUCAUGAGUCCCAGCCUGGAGACUCCUACGGGAAGCGUGGCGAGCACGUCGGGAAAUUCCGAUUGGCUGGGGCAGUGGUCGCCAUCCUGCGACGAACGCAUCGAUUUGGUACAAAGUUUUUGCAAGACUGCAUCGCAGGAUCGGGAGAUAUCGGAGGAAGCCAUGUGUUUUUCAGAACUCGGAUACUUGCCGAGCACAGAAGUCGGGAACCCUACCAACAAUCAUUUUAACCUCAGUACUGAACUAAAAAGUGAUCUGGAUAAUACUAUGAGGUUUGUAGGCACGUCAAUGAACCUUACUGGACAAAAUAAAUCUUUGAAAUAUAUUUGAUAUGAUACAGAAUGUGAAGCAAACACAUCUAUAAAAUUGUACAACUAUUCCAGAUCUGAUUUCCUUACCAUAACAUUUUUAUUCUCUGACCACAAGGGAUGUGUUUCAAAUCGUAUAUUUUUACAACUUCAGACCACACUCAAAAACCAUUCUUCUGAUUAAUUAACUCCAUUUCUGCUGUUUUUCUGUUUAAUGUUCAUUUUACAACAAAAUGCUCCCAAUGCUCUCUUUCCCCAAAACUGUUUUUACUCUCUGGCGCCUUCAUACCUCCAUUUUUUUUUCUAUUUAGCUCACAAAUUCUUUCCCACCAAUCCGUUUUUCAACUAUCUCACUUAAACGCCACCCACUUAACGGUUGACCUAAAUAAUCUUUUUCAUUAUUUACCUCAAAUUAUUUAAUUUCUACUUAUUACCCCAUUUUUCUCCCCACACAGAAGACAAGCCCUGAACUCCCCUUCCGACACGACCCAUCAUUCAAGCCAUCCUCCGCCAUCUUUCCACAGCCUGACUGCGGUGUCACCGUCGGUCCUUUUAUCACCAUCGGCCCCGACAAAUAUCCAACAGCUCCCGGCCAAGAAUCAUCACUCCACACCUAGCUCCCCAACUGAAUUUUCCCAGCUCCUUCCCUUGAAAAAUUCCCCACAAGAUGUUCAACUAUUUGCACACCAGCAAGUAAACGAAAGCGGAAGGGGCGUGAAACUCAUCGCGGCUGAAUGUGAAGGGGAGCGAAUCGUGAAGGAGAUUUACGCCAACAAAAGGGAGGUCAUCGAGCAACUCUCGGACUGCCACAAGCAGUGCUUCAGUUCUCUUUUCAGAUCCGUCAAACGUCACGAGGAAAUCCAGGAGCAGCAAAGGCAGCACGCAGUAAGUUACUGAGAUUUAUAUAUAGGCCUAACAUUUUGUAAAGAGAUAGAUUUUUUUUUGGGGGUGGGGUGGUGCGCUCUUUCGCCUUUUCCGGCAUUUAGUCAAGAUAACCACUACUAAUGUUAUAGAUCUCAAAGUGCCACCCGGGGUGGGGGGGCGGUCGCCCACGUACACCCUUCGAGGUGGUACACUGCUUGGGGAGACACAAUUUGAAUGUCUAGGAGCUUGCUGCAGGUCCUUAUCCAACACUGUUUAAAAUGGUUGGUUAAGGAGAGUCAAUUCUUUGUGGAAAAUACCCUAAGCUUGUGUUUGGAAUGUCAGAAAUCGUGUAUAAAUUAUAUAAGCAUUUUUUACACCUUAAUUUUUGAAUUUUCAGGGGAGUAACUUUUAUUAUGUUUGUAAUGGGUAAACCCUUAUCCUAAAGGAAAGGCGUUUAACCAUUGCAAAAAUAUUUUAAAAAAUUGGAUACUUUUUGGGUCUACAGAAUAACCAUCUUUUCCAACUAUCUCAGCCGUAUUUUGGCAUUUUUGAAAGGUCAAUUAUGAUGGCGAACGUUUCUAUGACCCUUGCUAGUCCCCAUAGUAUUAAGUAUAAUGAUGACCAGAAGGAAAAAGGUCGCCUAUUCCAACCAAAAUGUUUCACCUUCAUUGCACAUAACACUGAUUAUUGUUUUUUGUUUUUUUUGUGGUCUUUCCUAAUGAUAUCUGACGCGUAUGGGUGUUCACUAGUAAUUGUUGCGCACCCAAAAUUGUGCUUUAUUGUGCCCGAUGCAAUUUGAAAGGUAGAGUUAUUGAAGGCUUUCCCGCCUUUCAGUUGGUGACGUAUAUUUUUUUGUAAUUAAGACUAGAGCAGUGACUCUCAGCCCUUCUAAUGCCGCGAGCCUGUAAUACAGCUCAUCAUGUUGUGGUGACCGCCAAACAUAAAAAUCCAUGUUCGUCCCUAUAUGUGUUUUCCGAUGGUCUUAGGCGUCCCCCGUUUAAUGGUUGGUUCGACCCCGAAAGGGGUCGUGACCCACAUGUUGAGAAUCGCUGGCUUAGAGUGUCUUUGCGUGAACGUGCACGUGUGUUUCAGCAGCUGUUUUGAGAACCUUGCAGUGGACGGUUGUGCAUUAUUCCCCUCCCCCCCCCAUUAUAUAGCCAGCUGCUCUAUACAUGUGUUUGAUUAACUGUGGUACAGCCUAGAGGUUAUGUUUUCUAGAUUAAUGUUUACAGUACUAAAGGGGAAAGAACUUGUGUUUCAUCCGGUGUGAAAAAUCCCAUCGCCUAAACGUAAUGUUUCUAUUUUUAGAGAAUUUUCAUUUGUAAAACACAGCUUCUAACAAUGUAUUUCCGUACAUAUAGCAGUAACAACUUCUUUGUAAAAUCUUUCGUGAAGUAAAGUUGUAAGUUGGUUUUUGUCUUUGUUAAGGCUGACGUAAACGUAGACGUACCCAAAAGCGUCUUGAGAGAUUGACCAAACGGAAUACCCGGAUGUUUCAUUAAUUUCUUAACGAGAUUGGCCAGACUGUGCGCCCGGAUGUUUUAUUCAUAGAUUUCCACCAAUAAAUCCCCAACCCUUAUAGUUUAUGAUCGUCAAUUGGUCAAGACAAGCUUGGGGAGUGAUAUAAUUUUAUUUAAUGGACUCGGCGCGCAAAGAGAAUUACACCCCUGUCUAAGAACUGUGUGCGCUGUUUGAUGGCGUAGAUAUACGAGUCAAAACAACUCAAAUUAAUUUAGGAGGUACGAAGAAAAAAAACAUCAACACAAUCAGUUAAUGAAGCAACCGCAUAUGUUACAACAUGUUUUUGUUACGGUAACGUUUAGGAGCAGUGUGAGGACAGAAUACGGGUGUUCGGUCGGAUGUUUUUUCUACCCGAGAAGGACUAUGAUGAGAUCUGGAUGACAACCGGCAUGGAUGUGGAUAACCGAAAGGUGAGAACUUGGCUGUGGUUUUUUGUGGAUAACUGAAUAAUGCCAGGUUUGGAUUGAAGUGGGUAACAGGAUGGUACGAUAAAUUGAUGGGUUGGGUUAAUAGGGAAGGGUAAGACAUAGAGGGGUGGAUAUAAAAUAAAUGUAAAACUAUUGUGAAUUGGAUGGCGAAGAUGUAAGCAAGAGAAAUGGAUAUUAUAGGACAGCAGGAAGAAAAUAAUGGGGAUUCAGGGUGGGAAAUUUGGAAGAAUCUGGAUACAUCAACUGAAACUGAAAAAUUCUUGUCAUAUGUGUACAAUUUUAAUUGUCACUACCUGCGUUAUCCGUCAAUUUACAAACAUUGUCGCCAUAUACAUGUUCAUCCAAUUUAUAAACAUGGUCAUCCCAUUUACAAAGAUUAUCAUCCAAUUUACAUACAUUGUCUUCCAAUUUUCAUGCAUUGUCGUACAAUUUCCAUAACAUUUUUAUCUAAUUUGCAAACAUUAUCCAAUUUACAAAGAGUAUCAUGCGAUUUGCACACAUUGUCAUCUAAUUUGUGUAAACUACCAAUCAGGUGCUGUUGAAGAACUGGGAGGUCAACUGCGAACUCCUGGCCUACGCUCUCAUCAAGUUCUCUAAGAAGAUUCCCGGCUUCACAUUGCUGGACCUCCCCACCCAGGCUGACCUGAUUAAAAGUAAGAGCUGAACCGGGGGAUCAUUUAUUGUUUUACUUGGUGUUGUGUUGUUAUACGCUCGUGUUGUUCGUGUUCUAGGCUUUUAAUUGUCCAUCCUAGGGCACUAAUAUGUUGUUUUUUUUCCCAUCAUUUGUUACACUUUAUUGAAUUUGUACACAUUAUUUGUAUUUGCUUCAUUAAGUAAAAAAUCUUAACUAUUCAUACAUUGUAAAGAUAUUCCUUAUAAAUAAAGUAUUACCAUAUUCGUAAUAAAUUAUGGUGAUUAUUUAAAAAACUUAUUUUUUUUCUCUUAGAAACAAUUUUAAAAAAAUUAGAAGCUGAUUUGUUUCCUUAGGAACUGAAUUUUUUUUUCAUACAAAAAUUAUUUUUUUUCCCCUUAGAAAAUGAUUAUUUUUCUUCAUUAAAAACGAUUUUUCUCCAUAGAAAUUGGAUUCCCCCCUCAAAAAGAAACUAAAACUUUCCCCUUAGAAUACAAUUUACUUUUCUUUCUACUUAAAUAAGAUUAAAAUUAUUAUAAUGAUUUACUUUCAACAUCUGUCAAGGUGCACGCCCUGAAGUGAACAUUUUGAAUAGCAUGCCCCUGUUCAACGCCGACCUCAAGGUGGGCAUGUGGGCCGGGGGCAACCACUUCUGCCACAAGGAGUUCGGCCAGUUCGUCAACCACGACCUGUUCUGGUCGUACACGCAGAUGUGCCGCAGGGUGCAGAAGCUGGGGCUGACGGACGAGGAGCUUGCAGUCAUCAAGGCUUUGCUGGUCUUCACCACAGGUGAGCUGCUGUCUGGCGUCUGUAGAUUUUUUUCCAGCUUGGACCCAGAAGUUGAAUAGCUGAAAGAGAAGUCAAGUAAACUAGAGUGUCGUCUAGCGUGAUUAGAGUAAGGGUGUCGUUUAGUGAAAGUAGAACUAGGAUGUCGUCUAGCGGGAGUAGAAUUAUGGUGUCGUCUAGCGAAAGCAGAACUAGGGUGUCGUCUAUUGAAAGUAGAACUAGGGUGUCGUCUAGCGAAAGUAGAAUAAUUAAGGUGUAGUCAAGUGAAACUAGAUUAGAGUGUACUCUAGUGAAAGUAGAACAAAUAAAACAUAUUUAAGGUAAUUUGGUGUUGAUAAUUUGAUACAUUCCAGUCUUAAAAAUAAAUUUAUAACGUGGCAUGUAUUAAAAACAAAAAAAGCAAAUCAAUCAAAAGUCCCGUAACUCCUUUGAAUAUCUAUCGCUCUUAUUUAAUCAUGGUUAUCUCCUUUUAAUUAUAAAACUCUCAAAACUUAAAUUUUGUUUUAAACAGCCACUGGACAUGAAUGAUGCCCGCACUGAAUUCAAAAACAUGCUUUCAUCAUUUGAGUCCAUUAUUUAGUUUUACAAUUUCAGAUAAGAAUUAUUCAUGUCCAAGACAUUCUCCAUACAAUUAGGAUGAAAUCUCUUUUCAGCUGUCGUGAUCUACUCAGGAUAAUGGUAGGGUUAAAAGAUUUCUGAAAAUGUGAUUGUGUGUGAACAAAUUGUGAUUGAAUAAUAAUAACCAAAUAUUUACUAAAUAUAACCUGUGACGUGUGUCCUCAGACCGUGACGGUGUCACCGUAACCACGCCCAUUCCAGCAGCCGUCCAAUCCCAGCUCGUCGAAUGCCUGGAGUACCUCCUCUCGCUGCGACUCCCCGAGCCCCACCUGGCGCUGGCCGGCGUCAUCCAGUGUCUGACCGACCUGCGCACCGUCCACCAGCAGGCCACCGACCUGCUCGUCUCGGGGUUCAAGAUCUUCAAGUACUCGACGGUUCUGGAGAACCCGUUCCUCCGCGAGCUGCUGUCCGACGUCCUGGCGAUGUGCGGCGACCCGGUGCAGGAUUACGGUCCGGAUAUGGGGGAAGGGGAAGACGAGGGAGGAAUCCACAAUCACAAAGAUGGGGGAAGCUCCAGGGAAGGUCCAGCAGAUGUCACGCUUGGGUUUCAGGACCAACUUCCCAACAAAGAACACCAGGCCUUUGGAUAUGAUUUUUUGCCGACCUACACGUGAAGACGAGUAAUAAGUACGAUUACUAAUAAAAUAAAGUGUUGAGAUUAUGUGACAUCAAAUUGAUACCUCAUGGUGGUUAAACAAUGGCCAGAUUUCCAGAAUGAUAAUCUGGGGCCAAACUGUAAGUCUGAUCAUCGACAAAAAUAAAAUAAAAGUGAAUGGCUAUAUUGGUAGCAUUUUGGCAUAAUGCUGGUCCCAGUAUCAAACGGUAACCAGAUGGUCGAACAAUGAAGUACAAACUAUGGCCAGAUGGUCAAACAAUGACUUACAGCCUAAGGUCGCAUGAUCAAAUACUGACUUACAAACUGUGGCCAUAUGGUAAAACAAUUUCCUACAGCCUAUGGUCAGAUGGUCAAACCGUCAAACCAUGAAAUACAAACCAGAGCCAGAUGGUCAAACAAGGACAUACAAACAAUGACCUACCAUUUGUGAUCUGAUGGUCAAAAAAGGACAUACAAACAAUGACCUACCAUUUGUGAUCUGAUGGUCAAACAAGGACAUACAAACAAUGACCUACCAUUUGUGAUCUGAUGGUCAAAAAAGG